AUGCCAAGGCGACAAUUCAAGCGUCUCGAGGACCAGCCUGAUGACAUCGACACUGGCGUCGACCAAAUCGAAAUGACAGAAUCAAACGGUCAUCGGCAUCACCAUAGCCAUGCUGAGGCUUCGCCCAUUUCGGAGCGAGCUAGCUCAUCCUCCUCCAGGGUGGCAUUCGAGGGUCAACCCCGCCGGUCGAUGCAUCAGGUCGAUAUGGAUCUGGAGUGGCCCAUGAUUGACAUUCCUCAGGAGCUCCGCGAGAUGCAGGUUGAUCAGGACGACUCUCACACCUGGUCGAAUUCACAGGCGAACGCUAUCAGGCUCUUCUUGCUCCUCGAGGAUCCAUCGUCCAGCCACGCUGCCUUCGCCCUCAAUGUCUGGGUCUCAUUUGCCAUCGUUCUUAGUGCAGUGAUCACAACAAUCGAAACCAUCCCUUCCUUCCGAUCCACCGACUCGACUAUCUGGUUCGACUUCGAAACUGUCAUGGUCGCCUUCUUCACCAUCGAGUUUGGAGCUCGUAUCGUCUGUCAUUCGGAUUCUGUCAAGCAACUCAAGAGGUUUCUUCUCUUCAUGAUCGUGGCUAUCAAGAGGAGUAUGGAUGCUCUUAGUGCCCUGUUCUUCUUCCUCAUCACCGGCACAAUGCUCUUCUCGACCCUGCUCUACUUUGCCGAGAGAGGUGAAUGGGACGAUGCGCGCCAAGUGUUUAUUGACGCCAACAACAACCCCAGUACAUUCGACAGUAUUCCUUCAGCAUUCUGGUUUGUCAUGGUCACGAUCACAACUACGGGAUAUGGAGACAUGGUGCCAACAACGUUCAUCGGCAAGCUGAUCUCAUUCCCAGCCAUGAUGUGCGGAGUCCUCUUGAUUACCCUGCCCUCGAUCAUCAUUGGAAGGAACUUUACUCUCGUUUGGGAGGCGAUGCAGCGUUACAAACGACUUGCUGCCGCCAAUGUCCGCGAGACUAGCACUACCCCCACCGAUGAUGGUCGCCAAAGUUUUGAAAGUAGACAUUCAUACGACUCUCAGACUGUGCGGCCAGGAUAUUCGACUCUGACGGGCAAUGGUUUGAUCCCAGGACAGCAGGAGAUGCUCGACCGUAUCCAGACGAUGACGCAAGUGUUGAAGCAGAACCAGCAGACCAUGGAUGCACUCCAGAAGAUCCUAGAGAGCCACCACCUAGUACCUAAAAAAUCCCCUUUCGAGGACUCUGCCGUCCUCUGA